UAGGAAAAACUUAUAUAUAAGUCACUGUCUUUUUAAGCUUUGAGUAAAAGAUAUGGCUAACAUGAUUUCCUUCCUUGCUUCUCUGAUAAUUAUCCUUGCAGUAUUCUCCCAAAAAAUCAAUGCGGUCGAUUACGCGGUCACCAACAGGGCCGCAAACACCCCUGGUGGUGCCCGUUUCAACCGAGAUAUCGGUGCCCAAUAUAGCAAGCAAACACUGGCAGCUUCAACUUCAUUCAUAUGGAAGACAUUCCAGCAGAACUCUCCUGCUGACCGCAAAAACGUGCAAAAAGUUAGCAUAUUCGUUGAUGACAUGGACGGAGUAGCUUACGCUAGCAAUAAUGAGAUUCAUGUUAGCGCUAGGUAUAUUCAGAGUUACUCUGGUAACGUCAAGAGAGAGAUCACUGGAGUAUUAUACCACGAGAGUACUCAUAUUUGGCAGUGGAACGGGAACGGACGGGCUCCAGGUGGAUUGAUUGAAGGGAUUGCUGAUUAUGUGAGGCUCAAAGCUGGUUAUGCACCUAGCCACUGGGUGAAACCAGGGCAGGGUGAUCGAUGGGACCAGGGAUAUGAUGUGACUGCUCGAUUUCUUGAUUACUGUAACAGUUUGAGAAGUGGAUUUGUGGCACAACUUAACAAGAAGAUGAGAACUGGUUAUAGUAAUCAGUUCUUUGUUGACUUGCUGGGAAAGACGGUCGAUCAACUAUGGAGGGAUUACAAAGCUAAAUUCCGCUCACUGAAUGAGUCAUCUUAAUUUGACCGAAAAUGAAAAAUAUCAUUGUUUAAUUAAUGUCUUUGUACAAAUUCAAGGCUAUAUGUGUCAUGCUCUUAUUGAAUAAUAAUAGUAAAAAUAUAAUAACAAUAAGUACAAGGGAUUAACUACAAGUUAUCUCACUUAUAUGACUAUUUCUUUUCGUUGGUUGGUUUAACUAUUUGGGGUUCAAAAUUCA